GAACCACAAUAUGGACCGGAACGACGCCAAAUUAUCUCUGAUUGUGUAAUAGAGAGCCCAAGAGUGAAGAAAGCGUCUAGCUUCGACUUUAAAAAAGAUCGCUGCUCACUUGUUCUCGGCUGUCUGCUGUCGUUUGUUAUGUUGGCAAAAGAAGCCCACGUACGCCUCCCUGAUGGGCUUGUUUAUUUAUUUACACUGAUUGUAGUUAACAGAAUUAAUUGAAUAUCUUAGCAAAGAAAAUAUGGAGUAUUUUCGGAGCGGCUUAAAAUCUGUUUUGGGAGCGCCCAAUCAAGGCAGUUCGGCUCCAAGCGCAGCAGAAACUGUAGAACGUCUUGUGGAAAGAGUGCAAUGUUCCACCCUACUAGAGGACCGACGCGACGCGUGUCGAGCUUUGAAGGCUUUGUCAAAGCAGAACAGAGUCGAGGUUGGAGCGCAGGGCAUGGAUGCAUUAUGUCAAGUAUUGGAUUUGGAUAGAGCUGAUAGUGAAAUUGUCGCUUAUGCUCUCGAUGCAUUAUGCAAUGUCAUGUCUCCAGAUACAUUUGAUGAAGAAGAACAUCCAACAGCCUACCAAGGUUCAAAGAGCAGCCUUGGAGAACAGUUCACUGAGAUUUUCAUGAAACAGCCAGAUAAUAUUGGUUUGGUGCUUGGAUUUCUUGAAGAAUAUGAAUUUCAAGUUCGUUGGCCUGCUCUGAAACUUUUGACAUCACUUAUACAUAACAGACCAAGAGAUCUACAAGAAAUAAUUUUAGUGAGUCCAAUGGGUGUUUCAAAACUGAUGGAUCUUUUAGGAGAUAACAGAGAAGUAAUAAGAAAUGAUGCCCUCAUCCUUUUAACUCAUUUAACAAAAGGAAACGCUAACAUACAGAAAAUUGUUGCCUUUGAGAAUGCAUUUGAUCGCCUGUUUGAUGUUAUUGCUGAUGAAGGUUAUGCUGAUGGAGGGAUAGUUGCCGAAGACUGUUUAGUUAUUGUGCACAAUUUACUGAAGAACAACACUUCAAAUCAGAAUUUCUUCAAAGAAGGAAGCUACAUUCAGCGUUUGUCUCCAAUGUUUGCACUUCCAAGCAACACUGAAGAAAUUGGAUGGUCUUCCCAAAAAGUUACCAACAUUCUUAGUAGUUUACAAGUUGUUCGGAUGCUUGUAAUGCCUGGCAAUCCUGCUCAAGUCACCUCCUCUUGUCAAAGAACCAUACGAAAUAGUGGAAUUCUAGAGGCUCUUUGUGGAAUAUUAAUGGCAAGUGGUGUGCCUGUAGAAGUCCUAACAGAAACUAUAAAUGCUGUAGCUGAAGUAAUCCGGGGAAAUCCAUCCAACCAAGAAUACUUUUUGACUGUCAUGGCUCCAUGCAAGCCUCCUCGGCCUGCAUUGGUAGUUUUGUUGUUGUCCAUGGUCAAUGAGAAACAACCACUAGAACUCCGAUGCUCAGUAUUAUAUUGUUUUCAAUGUUACUUGUAUAAAAAUGAAGUUGGACAAGCCCAACUUGUACAAACACUGCUGCCAUCAUCUGCUGAGGUGGGAACAGGGACCACAGGGCACCUUCUAGUAUCAGGCCUUCUGUCAGGGCAUAUGCUCUCAACUUGGCUGUCUGCUGUUGCACUUUCACAUGCUUUAGUUGAAAAUCCUGCUCAAAAGGAACAGCUGCUUAGAGUGGCUCUUGCAACUGCCCCAGGAGCUAAUCCAGUUUCUCUUCUGCACCAGUGCUGCACCAUGUUAGAGCAGUCAAAUAAAGUUCAAAGUAAAGUUGGAAUUUUGAUGCUUUUGGCUAUGUGGCUGUCACAUUGUCCAUUGGCUGUACGAGAACUUCUAAGUACCCCAUCAAGCAUCCCAUAUCUCACAGCCCAAGUGGGAGCAAGUGAGCAUCAAGAGCAUGAGGAGCUGUUACAAGGAUUAUGUGCUUUUCUGAUUGGUAUUUGUGUCACUUUUAAUGAUGACUCUGUUCCAAGUUACACCAGAGAAAACUUAUGCCAGCUUAUUUCAAAACGAGUUGGCCAAGAUAUGUUUUUAGAUAAACUAGGAGAAGUAUCCAAACAUGAACUUUACAGCAAAGCUCACAAGCAUCCUCAGCUGCAAGCCUCAUCGCAGGAACAAUUACUUUUAGACCAUGAAUUUUGCAAGCUUUUCAAGGCUCUUGAAGGCAUGGUGAUAAAGGCUGUCACACCCAAGGAAGCUGGCAUGCACAAUGGAGGAACAGAACUUACCCUGACAGCCACUGAAAGUAGCCUUCUCCUUCAAUACAAAGAAUUAAUACGUUCCCAAGACUAUCAGUUGCAAGAAAUGCAUCAGAAAUUGCAACAAUAUGAAUCAGAGCGACAGGCUUAUCAAGCACAUGUAGAGGAACUCAAUGCAACCAUAUCUCAGCUAAGAGAUCAGACUAGACUUCUCAGUGCUGCAGCAAAUACAGGUGUUACUAACUCACUGAGCAGUGAUAUUGAACAUUUGUCCAUAGCACCACAGGAGGACACCAUCAGGAGUGCUGAAGUGGAAACAGAGCUUGACAGACUACGGAAGGAUCAAGAAGACCUAUUGGUACUUCUGGCUGAUCAAGAUGCAAAACUUAACACUUACAAAGAUCGAUUAAGACAGUAUGGUGAAAAGGUGGAAAGUGACGAAGAGACUGAUAUUCAAAAUGGAGGUGAAUGUUAAAGCUGCUGCAUUUCUUUUCCUUCCGACAUUAGUAUAACAUUCCACUAUAAAUUACAUUGUUGUGAUGCACAUAAAAAAAUUUUAUUGUCUUGUUUAUCCUGUCUUUCUUUACUUUUGAAAAAUUUGUUUUAAAGAUCUUGUAGUUUAUUGAUUUCUUAUCACACUUGUUAUAUUUUAUGUAUUCUUAAGUUAAUGAAUGUGCAGUCGUCUUUAUAAGAUGUGCACAGACGGCUUUACAUUCAGUAACUUAUGACUCUUGAUGUGUUGAGCCCUUUUGUAUGCCUCCAAAGUCAUAUUCACUUGAAUCAGCCAUCUUUAUUGACUAUUACUCCCUCCCCAUUUUGUAAUUUUAUUUAUUGUGAGUAUUAUAUUCUAUGAUUGAGAAGAAUAUGGUGGUCUUUUAUUAUUAAGGAUGUGAUAAUGAUUUUUUUUUUUAGGACCUGUAUCAUUGGCAUUGGAAAUAAAGGCAGGUCAAAUGUAUA